UCAGGAUGUGACGUUUCACUUCACUGUCAACAUGCAAGAUGGCGACCCAUCAUAGGCAAAACGCAGCUGGACGGAGGAAAGUUCAGGUGUCGUAUGUCAUUCGAGACGAGGUCGAAAAAUACAAUCGCAAUGGGGUGAAUGCGCUGCAGCUAGACAACACUUUGAACCGACUUUUCACGGCAGGACGGGACUCCAUCAUACGAAUAUGGAGUGUCAAUCAGCACAAGGAGCCGUACAUAGCAUCAAUGGAGCACCAUACCGAUUGGGUCAACGAUAUUGUCCUGUGCUGUAAUGGGAAGACGUUGAUCUCAGCUUCCUCAGACACCACAGUCAAGGUGUGGAAUGCGCACAAAGGCUUCUGCAUGUCAACGUUGCGAACCCACAAGGACUAUGUGAAGGCAUUAGCGUACGCUAAAGAUAAGGAGCUGGUGGCUUCAGCGGGACUGGACCGGCAGAUCUUCCUCUGGGAUGUCAACACCCUCACAGCGCUCACCGCCUCCAACAACACAGUCACAACCUCUUCCCUGAGUGGCAACAAGGACUCCAUCUACAGCCUGGCUAUGAACCAGAUGGGAACCGUCAUUGUGUCCGGCUCUACAGAAAAGGUGCUGAGGGUGUGGGAUCCACGGACAUGCGCCAAACUCAUGAAGUUGAAGGGCCAUACGGAUAAUGUGAAAACCUUACUGUUAAACAGAGACGGCACUCAGUGUCUGUCGGGCAGUUCUGACGGCACCAUCCGCCUGUGGUCGCUGGGGCAGCAGCGGUGCAUCGCCACGUACCGCGUCCACGACGAGGGCGUCUGGGCCCUGCAGGCCAACGAGGCCUUCACGCACGUCUACUCCGGCGGCCGCGACCGCAAGAUCUACUGCACUGACCUGCGCAACCCCGACAUACGCGUCCUCAUCUGUGAGGAGAAGGCCUCUGUGCUGAAGAUGGAGCUGGACCGGUCAGCUGAUCCGCCCCCAGCCCUCUGGGUCUGCACCACCAAGUCAACAGUCAACAAAUGGUCUCUGAAGGGCAUGCAUAACUUCCGGGUGUCUGGCGACUACGACAACGACUGCAGUGCCCCACUGACCCCACUCUGCCUGCAGUCCGAACAGGUCAUCAAAGGUGGUGUAAGCAUUGUCCAGUGCCACAUACUGAAUGACAAGAGGCACAUCCUCACUAAAGACACCAAUAAUGACGUGGCCUACUGGGACGUGCUGAAGGCUUGUAAAGUUGAGGACCUUGGCAAAGUGGACUUUGAGGAAGAGAUCAAGAAACGUUUCAAGAUGGUUUAUGUCCCAAACUGGUUCUCAGUGGAUCUCAAAACAGGGAUGCUGACCAUCACGUUGGAUGAGGGCGACUGCUUCGCUGCCUGGGUGUCUGCCAAGGACACCGGUUUCUCAAGCCCAGACGGAUCAGACCCAAAGUUGAACCUGGGUGGGCUACUUCUGCAGGCCCUGUUGGAGUUCUGGCCUAGAACCCACAUCAGCUCCGUGGACGAGGAGGAGAAUGAUCUUCACCAUGUAAACGGGGACCAGGAGGGUCGUAUGCAGAGGGGUAAUGGCUACUUCCAGGUGCCUCCACACACGCCGGUUAUCUUCGGGGAGGCUGGAGGGAGGACACUCUUUAGGUUGUUGUGUCGAGACUCGGGUGGAGAGACUGAGUCCAUGCUCCUGAACGAGACCGUCCCUCAGUGGGUCAUAGACAUCACGGUAGAUAAAAACAUGCCAAAGUUCAACAAAAUCCCCUUCUACCUCCAGCCACACUCAUCUUCAGGAGCGAAGACACUGAAGAAGGACCGUCUGUCGGCGAGCGACAUGCUGCAGGUGCGCAAGGUGAUGGAGCACGUGUACGAGAAGAUCAUCAACCUGGACAUGGAGGUGCAGACCACCAGCUCCUCCGGCGCCAGCGACCGGCCCGGCGAGCCCGAGAAGGAGGAGGACAUGGCCAUGGUGGCCGAGGAGAAGAUCGAACUCAUGUGCCAAGACCAGGUGUUGGAUCCCAACAUGGACUUGCGUACAGUGAAGCAUUUUAUCUGGAAGAGUGGCGGGGACCUGACUCUUCACUACAGGCAGAAAUCCACGUGAACGGCCCCAGGAAACACACACAUGUACACACAGAUGCACACACACACACACACACACACACACACACACACACACGCUCAUACACACACGCUCAUACAUACAGUACACACACACACACACACACACACACACACACAGGGAAGCUGACGGAAGGGACAAAUGGGUCAGUUGUCCCGGGCGGGAGAGUUGGGUGGGGGGUGGGUGUGGGUGGACAGAAUUGGGACCCCAUUACAUUGUAUGUAUUGAAAUGAUUUAGUCCCAAAGCUGUCAGCGGCCCCCCACACACACACACACACACACACUCCUGUACUCCUUGAUGCAGGCCAACACGGACACCCCUACUGCAGAGAAUCUUCAGGAGAAUCCUCUGGUCCUCUGGAAGGGCGGUCACCUAUCUGUCGCCAAGGUGAAGAUUGUGCACAUCCCAGGAAAAGGUGCAGGACAAAGGCUGACUGUAGUUUUCGGUGGGAGUGAGAGGUCCGCAGACUUGAAAUCCUUUUUGUUUUCUUUUACAAUGUCAUGGCUGGAUUAUGUUCCGACUUCAACCCGUCUUCAUCCAAUUCUGAGAAACAAAAAGGAUUUCAAGUGAAUCUGAUGAAGACUGUUGAAGUCGAAAUGUACGUAAAUCCAGCCAUGAAAUAGUAAAAGAAAACAAAAAGGAUUUCAAGUGUGCAGACAUUUCACUCCGGAAAAACUACGGUUACCUAUCCGUUGCCAAGAGACAUGACUUCGCUCUGAGGAAACGAGGCUACCCGCCCGCCCGCGUUCAGCAAGAGACAAUACUCAGACUGAAAAAGCAACACGUUUUCUUGACCUGGUUCCUUUUCCUUCAUUUAAGAAAAAAAAAGAAGAAGAAAAAUGUCCUUUUUCCUUUUGUCCUGGCAUAGUUUUAUGUUGUGAUGACGUUAUGCAGGGGGAGGUUCAGGAUACGAUGAUAGGAUGUUGGUUUUAAAGCUGGAUGUCUGAUCUGUGUGUAGACGAGCAUUUAUGUUUCUGGCGUCGGUCUUCCUCGCGGAUAACUCGUUAUAUCCCUUACCCAGCACUCAUGCAUAGGAGACCCAUCGUUAUUAUAGGAAAUCCCAUCGUUAACGCGCGCUGAAUGCUUUCUAUCUCUCUCUCUCUCUCUCUCUCUCUCUCUCUCUCUCUCUCAUCUGUCUAACGCUUUUUAGUUUUAGCCUUUUAUUGUACGUGUUAUUGUGUAUAGUAGACCUGUUUCUCUCGUGAACACAUUCUAAGUUAUUCUCAAUUUAUUACUUUUGUACAAAACAUCUGCCCCUCCCUCCCUAUAACCAUUUUGAAUACUACUAAUAAUAAGAGCCCCCCCUGGUGGUUUUGUGGCAGAGAUUACAUAUUUACAGGAGCUAUAUGAGUGACCACGCACGCAUAUUAGGUAUAGACCCAGUCGGCAACUCUGGGCCCGCCCAUGAAAUUGUUUGUUUUCCCCCACGUUUAGCUAAUCAAUAUGCCAAAUGACUGGCAGUGAUUGGCACAUUUCGGAGCAUUCGCAGGGGAAAACAAUGCAGUAAUGGGCAGGCCAGAGGAGCCGACUAGGUGAAAUCUACAUCAUGACCACCUCAACACACUCCACCCACUAAUCGAGGUCAUUUGGUUAGUCUAUACAAUUGACCGUAUUGUACAUUUGUAAAUCGAAGUCAGCUUAAGUGAAAGCAGAGGUCUUAAAAAAAAAGAACGAAGUUGGGCCAGUUUUCUGACGGAGCGGAGGGUAUGCGAGCAUUUAAGUUGUCAUUAAUAAUAAAGAUUGCAUUUAAAGGA